AUGCUCCAUUCACGCAUCCGUCCGCUCCCCCGCCUCCAACCGGCAUCUUCCAUCCCCACCGAGUCUGCCCCUCCCCCCGACUUCCACGAUGAAGACAACAGCGACGACUACUCCUCCGCCGAGGACCUCUUCUCCGCCUUCCUCCCCCAUCUUUUCCCCGACGACGCGCCCUCCUUCCACGGAGACCCCGGCCAGCGCCUCCUGUACACCUCUCCGCGCUACGGCGACCUCGAGAUCAUGGUACCCUCCUACCCGAGCCAGAGCGAGCGCCGCUCGGAGGAGAUCGCCGCCGGCUUGCCGUCAGAAGAUGGCAGCGUGAACGCCGUCGACGAGGGUCGCAAGCUGUUUGCGCAUUUCCUCUGGAGCGCUGCGAUGGUGGUUGCCGAGGGCGUGGAAAAGGCCGACACCCUCGCCGCGCGCGGCGAGCUCGACGCCGACACGGCCAUGUGGACGGUGCGCGGCGAGCGCGUGCUGGAACUCGGCGCUGGCGCUGCGUUGCCUUCUGUUAUAUGUGCGCGUGCGCACGCUGCGGCUGUCACCAUCACCGAUCACCCGUCGUCGCCUGCAUUAACCGGCGCUAUCCACUUUAACAUUCGCCGUAAUCUGGCGGCGACAGAAACGAAAGUCACGAGCCAGCCGCAUAAAUGGGGCACGCUGGAAUCGGACCCGUGGGCCGUCGCGCACCGCGGCACCUUCACCCGCAUCAUCGCGGCCGACUGCUACUGGAUGCGCUCGCAGCAUGAGAACCUGGUGCGCACGAUGAAUUGGUUCCUGGCGCCGAGCGGGAAGGUCUGGGUCGUGGCCGGGUUCCACACGGGGCGCGCGAUUGUAGCGUGGUUCUUCGAGACGGCCGUGCAGAAUGGACUGAAGAUCGAGCGCAUUUACGAGCGGGAUCUUAUUGCCACCAGCGAGGAUGGGGGCGAGGUGCGGCGUGAGUGGAUGCCCGAGCGUGAAGGCGAGGGGCCGGAGAAUCGGCGGAGAUKACACGCUGAAAACACACCGUACAAACCCCCUGCCCCUCCAUCCCCCCAACCGAAACCGCAGAUACUCGACCCUCCCAUACACAACCAAUCUAUCCUCGUUCUGGGCCUGAUCCCCCCGCGUAACCACGCAACAAGCUCCUCCUCGGUCCAAUUGCAGCUGGGUACCGCUCGCACAAGCGCCUCUCACCCUGGCCGACCUUCUCCUCCGAAAGCGACACCGCAUCAAACGUCCCCUUGUCAGCACAACAUCGAACCCGCCCGCCGCAAGCCCGAAGAGGAGGUCGAAGAAGGCGCCGGGGAGGGUGGCUAUGUGACCGAUGAGGAAGAGGAGCAGCUGUCCAAAGGCAUAGUCCCACUGGCGGAUCUGCUCAAUGCGAACGCAGACCGAAUAACGCAAGCCACGGUUUUCCGUGGACUGCGCAUUGCCCUGUGGUAUGAGAUGCCCUGCGGCAAGCCACGAAUGCCAUAG